AUGGUACCCGGCAGAGAGUUUGCUGAACAAGGAGCACAGCGCUACCGGCAAGCCCAGGCCGCUGUGCUUUCCAUAUUACCCCGGCUCCAUCAGCUCAAAGUCCCUACCAAGAGGCCCACUGACUAUUUUGCAGAGAUGGCCAAGUCUGAUCAGCAGAUGCAGAAGAUUCGGCAGAAGCUGCAGGCUAAACAGGUCGCCAUGGAAAAGUCUGAAAAGGCUAAGCAACUGCGAGCGCUUAGGAAAUACGGGAAGAAGGUGCAAACAGAGGUUCUUCAGAAGAGGCAGCGAGAGAAAACACACAUGAUGAACGCCAUUAAGAAAUAUCAGAAAGGCUUUUCUGAUAAACUGGAUUUCCUUGAGGGGGAUCAGAAAGCUGCUGCACGGAAAACAAAGGAAGGAGCCAAAGGCCAACAGAUGAAGAAGGGGCCCAAUGCUAAGCGACGCUAUAAAAACCAGAAGUUUGGUUUUGGUGGAAAGAAGAAAGGCUCCAAGUGGAACACUCGUGAGAGCUACGAUGAUGUAUCCAGCUUCCGGGCCAAGACAGCUCAUGGCAAGGGCCUGAAGAGGCCUGGAAAGAAAGGAUCAAAUAAGAGACCUGGAAAACGAACAAGAGAGAAAAUGAAGAGCAGAACACGCUAAGCAGCAUCUUUGUAUAUGAGGAACCAAGAGAAAGGGAUGCAGACUUGGGAUUUCACAAUACAGUUGGAUCAUCUUUUGGUUUCUUUUUGUAAAAAAUUCUUUCAUAAACUAAAAAAUUUUCAAAGAAACACAUCCUCUUGGUUAAAAACUCAGGACUAAAGGAUUGAGAAGUUACUUUUAUGUAUUAAGAUUGCUGUUUAUUGAUGAUAAUUUAGACUUUGAGCCCAAAUUGCCUUCCUUUUAUGAUAAUUGGAGAUUUAAUG